AUGCCUAAACUUAAGACUUUAUUGAGUGCCGUGUUUCUGGCUACUGGAGGUUUCCUCUUCGGCUAUGACAGUGGUAUCAUCACAUCAACCAUCGGCCAAACUGAAUUCAUCAAAUACUUCUCUGAACCAAAUGACAGCGUAACCGGCGGUAUCGUCUCUUCAUUCCAAGGCGGCGCCAUCUUAGGCACAAUUAUCAACAUCUUCACUGGUGAUCGGCUGGGCCGGAGGUGGUCUGUCUUUGUUGGCUCUUGUAUAUCAUGCUUUGGGUGUGCGUUGCAGGCCGGUUCUAUCAAUUUGGUUAUGCUCAUCAUUGGCCGCUUUAUUGCCGGCGUUGCAGUUGGCAUGCUUACUUCUGUUAUCCCCAUGUAUGCUGGUGAGAUUGCCGAGGCUUCUUCGCGUGGUAUGAUGUCCGGUCUGUUGCAAUGGAUGUUAAGUUGGGGAUUCCUUUGUGCUCAAUGGCUGGGGUAUGGAUGUUCUUUCAAUAACACCGCCUUCCAGUGGCGCUUCCCUCUUGCUUUCCAAUGCGUCCCCGGUCUGGCCCUAGCCAGCGGUGUCCUCUUCUUGAACGAAUCCCCGCGUUGGUUGAUGGAAAAGGACCGCCACGAGGAUGCUCUUGUUUCACUCCAAAAUCUACACGGCGACGGUACACCAGAGACAGCGCAGUAUAUUGAGUUGGAGUUACAAGAGAUAAGGGAGACCAUCCAGGCUGAGCGCUUGCACACAGCAAUCACCUUGACUUCGAUCCUGCGCAAGCCCUCUUGGCGCCGCCGUCUCAUCCUCGGCUGUGGCAUACAGGCCUUCGGUGUCUUAUCCGGAAUUAACGUGAUCAAUUACUAUGGAACUCGCAUCUAUGCAACGCUUGGAUUUGACACACAAAUGUCUCUCAUGAUCAUCGGAAUCUCCGGUGCCCUGUCCAUUGUAUACUGCACUGGAGGUCUAUGGGCAUUGGAGCGCGUGGGCCGUAUCAAGCCUCUCAUUUUCUCUGCUGCGGGAAUGGCCGGCGCACUAGUCUGCAAUGCUGCCAUGUCCCAGCACUGGGAUGAUGGAAACCAGAACCAGCUCCGAGCUAUGGUGGCUAUGAACUUCGUGUUCAAUUUCUUCUAUACAUUCAUCGGUAUCAUUUCUUGGGUUUAUCCAGCCGAGAUCUUCCCCGUCGAUAUUCGUAACCAGGGUAAUUCGAUCACCACGUUCACCAACUGGACUCUCAACCUUGUGCUCGCCCAGGUCUCGCCAAAUGCCUUGUCUUCAAUUGGCUUCUCUUACUUCUAUGUCUUCUUUGUCUUCAACUUGAUUGCUAUGCUUUGCUACAUCUUCUUCUUCCCUGAGACACAAGGCAAGACUCUGGAGCAGAUGGAUUCCUUGUUUGGUGAUGAGAUGAGUGCUGAGAAUGAGAAAAAGGGGAUUGAAGCGGUCAUGGUGGAGGAUGUGAGAAAGUGA